GAUUUGCUUCAAAUCUAAUGAUUCAUCUGCAAAGAUACCAAACUCCACCGCCCACUAUAAACCAACCCUCCUCAUUUUGCUUUAAACCUCUGCACCUGCCUGCCUUCCAUCCAUUCCUCCGCAUUUCUCCCUAUAAUCUUCUGAAACCAUGGCUUCCAUUGGACUUCCUACCCAAUGCAUGGCCAGAAGUUCACCCCAAAGUCGCAGCCUUCCUGCUGCUUCAGUUUUUCUUAAGCGUGGGUUCUCUCUUCCGUCUAUGAAGAGCAUCUCGAAAACCUUUGGGUUGAAAUCCAGCUGUUCCUUCAGGAUAACUGCCAUGGCUACAUACAAGGUUAAACUGAUUGGACCAGAUGGUGAAGAGAACGAGUUUGAUGCACCCGAUGAUUGCUACAUCCUUGACUCAGCCGAGAGUGCAGGGAUUGAGCUCCCGUAUUCUUGCAGGGCGGGUGCAUGCUCCACCUGUGCUGGGAAGAUAGUUACUGGUUGUGUUGACCAAUCCGAUGGGUCCUUUCUUGACGAUAACCAAAUGAAGGAAGGUUACGUGCUGACCUGCGUUUCUUACCCGACUUCAGAUUGUGUCGUUCAUACUCACAAAGAAGGCGAUCUUUAUUGAGGUAGCUGUGUUUGUUGGUCAAGAAUGGAACGUAUCUUUGUCGUUUCGGUCCCCAAAUGGUAGUUUGUGUGGUUUCUGAGACUAGAAAACUGAAGAAAACAAAUGUUGGUGGUUGAUGGAUUUUUAAGGGUUUGAUAAUAUGGUUGGUGGUAUUCUCUU